AUGUUCAGCGGUGAUGGAGGUGGCUUUGGAGGCCAUGGGCUCGUGUCCGACAGACCCGUGUAUAGCAGCUACGGAUACGGACGCUGGAAGAGGAGUGCUGAGGCUGAGCCUGUAGCUGAAGCUGAUCCUUCCCGCUUCGGAUACGGGUAUGGCAGCAAUGGACACGUGUCCUACAGGCCCACGUACAGCAGCUACGGUUACGGGCGCUGGAAGAGUAGUGCUGAGGCUGAGCCCGGAUUCAGCUUCGGUCGCGGCUUUGGAGGUUACGGUCGCUUCGAGGGCUACAGGGGCUAUGGAGGCUACGGCGGGAGCUUAGGAGGUCAUGGUCGUUUCCAUGGCUGA